CAAAGUUCCAAGUUUAAAAAGUGAGUUGUUUUUCGGCUGUCACCGCGGUAUAAGGCUUGAUUUCGUCAUUUCAUAAAUCUUGAAGCUCAUCUGAGGUGUCUGGAACCAUAUAAAUGUCAGAUUUGCUGAAGGAAUGCAAUAAGUACUUCUACACGAAGAAUCUAUAUGAAGUUCUAGGGGUGGCUAAGGAAUGUCCAAAAACAGAACUUCGUAAGGCUUUCUAUAAGCUCUCUCUGCUUCAUCACCCUGAUCGCCAUAACAGCGAUUCAAAAUCUGAUGCAACGAAGCGCUUCCAAGUACUAUCAAGAGUUUAUUCCUACAUGGAAGAUGAUGAAAAACGUAAAGUAUAUGAUGAGGCAGGUAUCAUUGAUGAAGAGGAUGCGAUUACAAACAAAUCUUAUGAUGACUGGGCUAAAUACUGGCAACUUUUGUUCCCAAAAAUAACUGCUGCACAGAUUGAUGAAUAUUGUAAAAAAUACAAGGGCAGUGAACAAGAAACUGAAGAUUUAACUAAACUCUACAACCGUUCUAAGGGAGAUAUGGAUAUUAUAAUGGAGUCAUUAAUUUUCACAUCUUAUCAAGAUGAAACCAGAGUUCGAAGUCUCAUUGAUAAACUAAUAUCUGAAGGCAAAGUUAAAGCUUUCAAGAAUUAUACGCACGAACGCCCCGAGAAAGCUGCAGGAAGAGCUAAGCGGGCACUGGAGGAAGAGAAGCGGUUUGCAAGGGCAGAGAAGAAUAAAAGGCAAAGGAAGGACGAUGGCGAUAAGACUGACCUAGAUUCGUUAGCUAGGGCAAUUCAAGCUCGACAUGAAAAUGUAUUACAGUCAUCAGAAAACUUUCUAGAUAAGAUCGUGCAGAAAUAUAGUUCAAAGCAGCCUUCAACUAAAAAACAAGUUUCUAAAUCUUCAAAGAAGAAAAAGUAAUAAUCACUAACAGUUAUAUUUUGUCAAACGGUUGGUAGUACUGAAAAAGCACUUCCAUAUGUAUAUACACGUUUACGUAUUCUUCUGACUUUCAACCCUCUGUGAAGAAAGGGAGAUAAAAGGAAGUAAUAAGUUAAUACUAACGUGUUUAGUGUAAGAUGACUAUAUAUCGAAUAAACACUUUUAUAAAACAAACCCUUGAGUAAAACACUGUCUAUUGAUGUGGUUCGUAGUGAUAAAAAAAGCAGCUUCGAUUAUGUGGCUACAGGGAAACGAGUCAUGCUAAAUGAGAACGUUGACAAGAUGCAGGGUCAUCUAGACGCCUCAAGAUGCGUUCCUCAACUGGUUUGCGUCGAUAUCUCGUUCGAAAAUGGGGAGACGAGUGUGGCUGGGUGUGUUGACUACUUCACUUACUUGAGGAUUCGAAUCAGAACUAGUUGGUCAGCCAGCUGGUGAAAUCCGUAUGAGGAUACAAAAGGCUCAUUUGGCGUUGGCACCAUUUAUUAUGGGCCAGAAAAGUCAGACUGCCUACUUGAAGGGGUGUACUGAACAUGUGGCCACUCUCUUCUAUUUUAUGGCUUUGAAACGUGAUGUUGAAGGACAUGAAAAUGUCUCAGGUGUUCAAUCACCGUUGCCUUCAAAGCGUUGGUGGUUUCACACCAAGUAAUGUAAAGUUUAGAUGUAGUCUUAGGCAGAG